UGCAUUCACCGACAGCAUGCACAGUCCGGUAACGGGAUAGUGAGUAUGCGGCUGGCGAGACUGGGUUGGGAUGUCUACUCGCCAUCCAUAUAAAACCAAUGCGGAGACUUGCUGUUCACAGUCAGCUCAGAAUUGUACGGAUGAUGACAAUAAGUAGCUAACAUUGUGACAGUAUAGGGAUUGGAAUGCAAUCAAAUUGUUGGACAUUUGUUCAUCAGUGGAAUUCAAUAGGCUUAACUAGCUAAUAAUAGCGGUCGGCUAUUUUCCACUCAUAUUUUCUUAACCGCGGGACACUGAACAAAUAUUAAAAUGGUCAUCAUUACAAAGAAAUUGAAGACCUUUGAGGUCGUUUUCCAUGAUCCUACUAAGGCUUUCUAUUCCAGUGGUGACAAGGUAUCCGGGAAUAUUGUGGUUGAGGUGUCCGAGGUGACCAAGGUGUCCGCUAUGAGAGUGUUUGGAAUUGGAUGCGCAAAAGUGGAGUACGCGAAAGGAAAGCACAGAUGCCGUGAAGAGAUUGAAUAUCUGAAAUACGAAGAUACCGUUUAUCUGGACCACCAGCCUAGAGAUUCCAAUGGCUCCGUCACUCUCAGACCAGGGAACAGAUAUGAGUACAUGUUUGGCUUUGAGCUGCCACAUCCUGGGCAACUGGUGUCAUCCUACAAGGGGAAGUUUGGCUGUGUCCAGUAUUAUGUCAGGGCUGUGAUGGAGAGGCCUUCCCAGCCUGCUUUGCAGUGCGAGAAACACUUUGAGGUGGAGGAGCCCUUGGACGUCAACACCCCUGACCUCCUGGCUCCAGCUGCAGGUACAAAGGAGAAGAAGCUCACCUGCAUGUUCAUCCCAGAUGGACAUGUGUCCAUCAGUGCCAAGAUCGAGCGCAAGGGCUUCUGCGAGGGCGAGGACAUCUGCAUCAAUGCAAAGUUUGAAAACACCUGCUCACGUAUCGUGGUGCCCAAGGCAGCCAUCAUGGUCAAGCACACCUACCAGGCCAAUGGCAGGACCAAGGUCCUGGGGCAGAAGCUCUCAGUCGUGAGGGGAAACCAUAUCAUCUCGGGCAUGUGUGACAUGUGGCAGAGCAAGACCAUCCGAGUGCCUAGGCUCAAGCCCUCACUCCUGGGGUGCGACCUCAUUCACGUGGACUAUGCCCUCAGGAUCUAUGUCCACAUUCCCGGCAGUGACAAGGUGGUCCUAGAGUUGCCCCUGGUCAUCGGGAACAUCCCCUUCAAUGGCUUUGGCAGCCGCACCAACAGCAUGAGCAGCCAGGCAGAGUCCCUGAACACCCCCUUCAGUAGCUUUGGGUCGCUGUGCCUCCCGUCACAACCCCCCAGCUACAGCAACAUCUCCCGCGACUGCCGUAUCGACUCCGCCCUCACACCUCUGCUGGUCAACUACGACGCAGAUGAGGAUGAAGGACUGUUCAUGCGCGCCCCCGAGCUUUGGUACCCUCCUCCCCCUGCCUACACCGAGGUUGACGAGGAUCUCAAACAGCAAUGGCCAUGUUCUUCGGGUCUGCUGAACCACGAGUAAGAGUUGCAAUUAAUCCCCGUUGUAGUCUAAGCACUGGUGGUUAGCCUUAGUGAGAUCGGGGAACGGACUGGUGACUGGUUAAAGAGCAGCACAGCUGUGAAGCAGAAAGAGUGUGGGACCCUAGCCCUGAAGACUCUUUCAAGGAACAGAACUGAGAUGUGGACUUGAGAGUCAAGUUGAAGUGAAACUAUUCAGGUUGAAUGAGUAUGGAUUGUAGAUGUUGGUGUCCACUCCACAUUCACUAUCACCAUUGCAGUCUUCAGAAACUGAUCGUUCUCCAGUUGAAGUCGGAAGUUUACAUACACUUAGGUUGGAGUCAUUAAAACUAGUUUUUCAACCACUCCACAAAUGUAUUAUUAACAAACUAGUUUUGGCAAGUCAGUUAGGACAUCUACUUUGUGCAUG